UGGUUGACGACACGGAUAGAAAAUUCCUGAAGGCUCUCGUUCAUCUGCCGGUCUCACCGCAUGCUGCUGCUGCUGCUCAGCUUCAUGGAACAAGAGCCAGGGUGGACCAACGACGGCCACUGAGUGAAAUCCGAACCCGUAGCUGCCCAGGCUUUCUUUUACAGCUGUUCAGCUUCCCGCUUUAUCCUGCCUAUUCUCAUUCUCCCCUGUUCGCGGUUUAGAAGAUGUCAGUAGUCGGCUUCGACGUGGGCUAUUUGACCUGCUAUGUAGCAGUAGCCCGAGCCGGAGGUAUCGAAACUGUCGCCAAUGAAUACAGCGACCGGUGUACCCCAGCAUGUGUCUCUUUUGGACCACGGAAUCGUUCCAUUGGUGCAGCUGCAAAAAGCCAGGUUGUCACGAACUGCAAGAACACGGUGCAAGGCUUCAAGAGAUUUCAUGGCAGGGCAUUCUCAGAUCCUUUUGUGCAGCGUCUCAAAUCAAGUCUGGUCUAUGAUGUUGCUCAAAUGCCCACGGGGACGACUGGAAUCAAGGUCAUGUAUAUGGAGGAAGAGAAGGUAUUCAGCAUUGAACAGGUCACUGCCAUGCUUCUCACCAAGCUGAAGGAGACGGCAGAAAGUGCACUGAAAAAGCCUGUUGCCGACUGUGUUGUCUCUGUUCCCUGCUACUUCACUGACUCUGAGAGGAGAUCAGUGGUAGAUGCUGCACAAAUUGCAGGACUGAACUGCUUAAGGCUCAUGAAUGAGACAACUGCAGUGGCACUGGCUUACGGAAUCUAUAAACAGGAUCUACCUGCUCCUGAAGAGAAGGCCAGGAAUGUCGUUUUUGUGGACCUGGGCCACUCCGGAUACCAGACAUCAGUAUGUGCUUUCAACAAGGGCAAACUCAAGGUUCUUGCCACAGCAUGUGACCCCGAGUUGGGAGGCAAAGACUUUGAUGAGGUAUUAGUCAAGUAUUUCUGUGAGGAAUUCGGAAAGAAGUAUAAGCUGGAUGUCAAGUCCAAGCCUCGAGCUCUGGUUCGGCUCUACAUGGAGUGUGAGAAAUUGAAAAAGCUAAUGAGUGCCAACUCCUCUGACCUGCCGCUGAACAUCGAGUGCUUCAUGAAUGAGAUAGACGUCACAGGAAAGCUCAACAGGGGUCAGUUUGAAGAGAUGAGUGCUGACCUUUUGUCCAGAGUGGAGCCUCCCCUGCACAGUCUGUUGGAACAAUCCAAACUCAAAAAGGAUGACAUCUAUGCAGUAGAGAUUGUGGGCGGGGCUUCCAGGAUUCCGGCCGUCAAAGAGAGGAUCAGCAAAUUCUUCGGGAAGGAAUUGAACACCACACUGAAUGCUGACGAAGCAGUGGCCAGAGGAGCUGCUUUGCAGUGUGCAAUCCUGUCACCUGCCUUCAAAGUACGUGAAUUCUCCAUCACGGAUGCAGUUCCAUAUCCUAUCUCCUUGAAGUGGCAUUCUGCCGCGGAGGAAGGUGUGAGUGAUUGCGAGGUGUUUCCGGCGAACCACCCAGCACCUUUUUCCAAAGUGUUGACGUUCUACCGCAAAGAACCUUUCUCUCUGGAGGCCUACUACAACAGUCCAAACGGACUGCCCUACCCUGACCCGACCAUUGGUAAAUUUCUUAUUCAGAAAGUUGUUCCUCAGGCAUCCGGGGAAAGUUCUAAGGUAAAAGUCAAGGUCCGAGUGAACAUCCACGGAAUCUUCAGCGUGUCCAGCGCCUCCUUGGUUGAGGUGAUCAAGUCGGACGAGACCGAAGAGCCAAUGGAGACAGAGCAGACUAAUGACAACGAAGGAGAUAACAAGAUGCAAACGGAACCGGAAGAGCUGCAGCAAGAUGAGGGAGAUGGUCAGAAAGAACAAGAGGAGAAGACUCCAAAGGAGAAUGAGGAAAUGGAGACUACCACAGAAGACGCCAAAGGCGAAAAGAAAUCUGACCAGCCUCCACAAGCAAAAAAGCCCAAAGUCAAAACAAAAGUCUUGGAUCUUCCCAUUGAAAACAGUCCACAGUGGCAGCUAGCAGAUGACAUGCUGAAUCUUUUUGUCGAAAAUGAGGGCAAGAUGAUUAUGCAGGACAAACUGGAGAAAGAGAGGAACGACGCCAAAAAUUACGUGGAAGAGUACGUGUACGAAAUGAGAGACAAACUGCACGGCAUCCUGGAGAAGUUUGUCAGCGAAAAUGAAAGGGAUGCAUUCUUAUCAAAGUUGUCGGAUACUGAAAACUGGCUGUAUGAUGAAGGAGAGGACCAACCUAAGCAGAUUUACAUUGACAGGCUGGCAGACUUGAAGAAACUCGGGCAGCCCAUCGAGGAGCGCUACACAGAGGCUGAAGAAAGACCUAAAGCGUUUGACGAGUUGGGGAAACAAAUCCAGCAGUACAUGAAAUUUGUUGAAGCGUGUAAAAUGAAAGAGGAGCAGUACGACCACAUAGACGAGGCAGACGUCACCAAAGUUGACAAGCUGGCCACUGAAGUGAUGAUGUGGAUGAACAGCGCGAUGAACCAGCAAAGCAAGCAAAGCUUGACGAUGGAUCCCUCUGUCAAGGUUAAAGAAAUUCAAGCCAAAACCAAGGACCUGUUCUCUGCUUGUAACCCUACCGUGACCAAGCCCAAGCCAAAGGUGGAGCUGCCAAAAGAGGACACGUCAGCAGAGCAGAACGGGCCUGUGAAUGGACAGGAGAAGGCCCAGGAAGAAGGCACUGACAAAGCAACAGGGGAAAACACGGGCAACGCCACCUCAGAAACUGAAAACAAGCCAGACAUGGACCUUGACUGAAGCGGUUCCUACCUUCAAAAAGUGUAGGAGCUGGCUGCUUGAGAAUUGAGUUGCUGUUCUUGCUCGUGUAUCAAUGCAGGUGGAGUGUAUCAGGAAAUGCACUUAAGUCAACAGCAGGCUGAGUCUUUACUACAUUCUCUGGGCAUUGCGUCAAUCGCAACCAGUCUGUUUUGGUUGUCAUUUCACAAAGCCUGCUCUAAGACGAUCAGAACGGUCCAGUUAUGAUGGAUGCAGUGUCCAGAGAAUGAAAUUGCCUGGUUGAAUAAGAAUAUUCACAGGGCACGUCUUUCGUACAUUUAUCUCAGCUGUGGUUGGUUGCUCUGUCUGAAUGCUUUGGCAUCCUUUUUUUUUCUUCCUGAAAACAUAAUUCUGAAGCCAGCUGCAAUAAGCCUGUCUGAGAAAGAGCGCCAUACACGAUGGUAUUUAUUUCUGUUGUGUGCUCCGUGUUCUGGUCUGUGUCACUAUUAUUUUAAUAAAGGUAUUGAAAAUCACCUGUACUGUAACAA